GACAAGGUUCAAUGGUUCAAUGGUGCCAGCGUCGCGAUGGCCCUAAUGUUCGUUGUAUUCUUCGCCUUAGGACCAGGUUCCAUACCCUGGAUGAUAGUGGCCGAGUUGUUCUCUCAGGGGUCCAGAUCAUCCGCCAUCAGCGUGUCUGUCCUCGUCAACUGGGUCGCCAACUUCUGUGUUGGUUAUGGCUUUCCCCACAUGCAGAAAGGUCUGAUAAGCUACUCCUUCCUGCCCUUCACGGUGCUGCUGGUGUUGUUCUGGAUAUUCGUGUUCAUGUUCCUGCCAGAAACAAAAGGCAGAACAAUUGAAGAAAUUUCAUCGAUUUGGCGAAAGGAGGGUGACAAAGAAGAUCAGAAGCCCCGAUCAGAAAGCUAUUUGGUUUCCUAUCAGAAGAAUCCCGACAGCUUAUAAAGAAAUGAAAAGCAGACGAAGGGAAGAAAACUUCCUGAUAGGAGAGCCAUUUGGAUUCAUACACAAAUAAUACUGACGUCACAUGAUCAAAAAUACGAAGUUUUAAGGAAACGAAAAUAGAAAAAUCAAUUAGGUUUCAUCAAGAUGGAAAAAAUCAGAGCUUGAAGAAAAACUUUUCGAUCGGAGAGCUGUUUGGUUUCAUGUACACAAAAAACCUCUAAUGUUGUAUGAUUAAAACAAGGCUUUUUACAUAUGGAAACGAAACCCAGAAGAAUCAAUUAGGUUUCAUCAAGAUGGGAACAAAACAAACAAACUUUCAGAUACGAAUGCAAGAACACUAAUGUGGUAUGAUAAAAAACAAGACGUUUUAAAAAAGGAAAUAAACAGACACCACAGAUGUCAA